AUGCCCAGAGACUGGAAUGAUCUGCUUGAUUUAAUUGGAUAUGAAAGCGUUGAAAGUGGAGCGUCGCUCAAAUUCCCGCCCAUCCCGGAGGAAAACCCUCCUCAUCGGCUCGAUGAGACGCCUGCUGGUGCUGAUGUGAUAGAGGAAGGGAGAAAGGAGGCAGGGAAACAAGAGAAAAAGAAGAAGAGGUUUUGGAGAUGUCGCCUUCUUCACCUUUUCAGCCAAAGAGGAACAUACAACGUGGCUAAAGCAGAGAAAGUGAACCAGAGUGAGGCGGGAUCGUUUCUGACUCUUACUGAUGAUCAGAUUUCACUACAACACAUCCCUAUUGUAGAGAUCCAUGAUCAUCAAGAAGCUCCAGCCUCUGAAGUCCUCCCUGCUGUAGAGGAACAGCUGGAGCAGGACGUCCUCCAACAUCAGGACGUCCACACUCCAGUUAGUUCCUCUGAAGUUGGCAAAGUGGAAGAGCUGGACAGGGAUCAGACUUCUCUACAGUUCAUCCCUGUUGUAGAAAUCUAUGGUCUUCAUGAAGCUGUAGAGGAACAGCUGGAGCAGGACGUCCUCCAACAUCAGGAUGUCCACACUCCAGUUAGUUCCUCUGAAGUUGACAAAGUGGAAGAGCUGGACAAGGAUCAGACUUCUCUACAGCAAAUUGUAGAGAUUCAUGAUCUUGGAGAAGCUCCAGUCUCUGAAGUCCUCCCUGCUCCUGAGGAACAGCUGGAACAGGACGUCCUCCAACCUCAGGACGUCAAAACUCCAGUGAGCUCCACUGAAGAUGAAGCGGAGGAGCCAGACCACAGCCACAUUUUCUGGAGAUAUGAAUUCGGUCACAAGCUGGGUGAAGGAGGCUACGGCUGUGUGCAUGCAGGAACUCGAUGCGAGGAUGGCCUGAAGGUGGCUGUGAAAAUUGCUGACAAGACACCAAAUACGCCAUAUAUCAGAGUUCCUGGUCAUCCCAGACGCCUCCCCUUAGAGAUCGGCCUGACACUCAUGGCCAAUAAGGGCCCCAGCGUCCCGCAGAUAAUCAAACUCCUGGACUGGCAGGACGACCCGUACCACUACGUAAUGGUCUUGGAGCAGCCCAUGCCCUGCAUGAGCGUGUUUAAUUUAGUGAAGCUCCGACAAAGGCUCGAUGAGAAGAUGGCAAGACAUGUUAUGUGGCAGGUCAUUCAUACCGCUAACACUUGCUGUGAGCGCGGCGUCUUCCACCAAGUAAAAUUGGAGAACCUCCUGGUGAACCCGGACACGUGGGAGGUCAAGUUGAUCGACUUCGGGUGCGGCACACUCAUGAAGGACUCCACCUACAUGGCCUUCAAUGGCACAGACAUGUUCUGUCCACCGAAGUUUGAUUUCGACGGCAAGUACCACGCAAAGCCGGCGACAGUUUGGUCAUUGGGGAUGCUGCUGUUCGUGAUGGUGUGCAGGUAUUAUCCAGACGAGAAAGACCUGCACAGGAUCAGUAAGAACGACUGGUCGGACCCUGACCUGUCACAAGAAUGCUGCCAGAUGAUCCACGCUUGUCUGCAGCCUGAUCCGCAGCGGAGACUCAUCCUGGAAGAGAUGCAGCUCCAUGACUGGCUUAUGGUCGUGGAGUAA